AUGGCUCAGAUUCUCAGAGACAGAGUAUUUGGAAAUUCAAAAAGACACAGCCAACGCCAUAAUCCAAUCCAAACCACCAUGCCCGUAUACCCAGUUGAAGACCUCCCCAACCCAUUUGGCGAACUGGGUCCGAACCUCUCCGACUCGGAGCUCCGAGAAACCGUCUACGAGAUCUUAGUCGGAGCCUGCCGGAGCUCUGGAGCCAAACCGCUUACUUACAUCCCGCAGUCCGAGAAGACCGACCGGACUACUCUGACUUCGUUGCCAUCAUCGCUUCAGAGGUCGACGUCAUCGGCGGCGAGCCGGGUCAAGAAGGCUCUGGGUUUGAAGCAAACGGCAUCGUCUAGGAGGAGACUCGGUGAUGGUGAUUCAGUGAGUCAGGGGAAGACUAAGCGGUCUGGGACGGUUUGGGAGCUUAUGAGGGUUCAGAUGAGGGUUUCGGAGCAGACUGAUACCAGGGUCAGGAGAGCCCUUUUAAGGGUUGCUGCUGGUCAGCUUGGAAAGCGUAUAGAGUGCAUGGUUUUGCCGCUGGAGCUACUACAGCAGUUCAAGUCUUCAGAUUUUCCCAGUCAGCAAGAAUAUGAAGCCUGGCAGAGGAGAAAUUUGAAGGUUCUUGAAGCAGGGCUUCUUUUAUAUCCUUCUUUGCCUUUAGAUAAGAAAGACACUGCUCCUCAACAGCUCCAGAAGAUUAUUCGUGGGGCCUUAGAGAAACCCAUAGAAACUGGAAAGCACAAUGAGUCGAUGCAAGUUCUCCGCAGUGUUGUUAUGUCUCUUGCUUGCAGAUCAUUUGAUGGUUCUGUUUCUGACACAUGCCACUGGGCAGAUGGAUUUCCGUUGAACCUUAGGCUCUACCAAAUGCUCCUAGAAUCAUGUUUUGACCCGAAUGAAGAAACUUCUGUUAUUGAAGAGCUUGAUGAGGUUUUAGACCUCAUAAAGAAGACCUGGCCAGUCCUCGGAAUAAACCAAAUUCUGCAUAAUCUUUGUUUCUCAUGGGUUUUAUUUCAUCGUUAUAUUACAACUGGCCAAGUGGAUAAUGACCUGCUGUUUGCAUCCAGUAACCUGUUAGAGGAAGUUGAACAAGAUGCCAGUGGCACAAAAGAUCCAUCUUAUUUGAAGAUCUUAAGUUCAACAUUGAGUUCAAUAUUGGGUUGGGCUGAGAAAAGGCUUCUUGCCUACCGUGAUAUUUUCCACAGUGGCAAUAUUGAAUCAAUGCAAAACGUUCUCUCCCUGGGGUUAUUGUCAGCAAAAAUAUUGAUAGAAGAUAUUUCUCACGACUACCGUAGGAAGAGGAAAGGAGUUAAUGUGGCUCAUGACAGGGUUGAUGCUUACAUAAGAUCAUCAAUGCGCUCUGCUUUUGCACAGAAACUGGAAAAGUUAGGUUCCAGCAAGCGUUUGUCAAAGAGCCAAAACAAUCUUAUUCCUGGCCUUUCUGCCCUUGCACAAGAUGUUAGUGAACUGGCGUUUAGUGAGAAGGGGAUAUUUGGUCCAGUAUUGAAGAGAUGGCACCCUUUUGCAACAGGCGUUGCUGUGGCCACACUGCAUUCUUGUUAUGGAAAUGAGCUGAAGCAAUUUGUGACGGGUAUCAGUGAGUUGACUCCAGAUACCAUACAAGUGCUGAGAGCUGCUGACAAAUUGGAAAAGGAUCUUGUGCAGAUUGCCGUUGAAGAUUCAGUGGAUAGUGAGGAUGGUGGGAAAUCCAUCAUAAGGGAGAUGCCUCCUUAUGAGGCUGAAGCUGUAAUUGCCAAUCUGGUAAAGGCUUGGAUAAGGACAAGAGUGGACAGGCUGAAGGAAUGGGUUGACAGAAAUCUGCAACAAGAGGUAUGGAAUCCAAGGGCAAACAAAGAGCGAUUUGCUCCUUCUGCCAUUGAAGUUUUACGCAUUAUAGAUGAAACAUUGGAAGCAUUCUUUAUGUUGCCAAUGCCUAUACAUCCUGUCUUGGUUCCAGAACUGAUGACUGGCCUUGACAGAUGUCUUCAACACUAUAUCUCAAAGGCCAAGUCUGGCUGUGGGACCAGAAGUACUUUCAUUCCCACUUUACCUGCUUUGACCAGAUGUUCAGCUGGAUCAAAAUUUCAUGGUGUAUUCAAGAAGAAGGAAAGGUCACAUAUAAGUCAGAGAAGGAAAUCUCAAGUUGGAACUACAAAUGGGGACAGCUCCUUUGGAAUUCCACAACUUUGUGUUCGCAUUAAUACUUUGCAGCUUAUUCGAAUGGAGUUGGGAGUUUUUGAGAAAAGGAUAAUGGCCCAUCUAGGGAACUCUGAAUCCACUCAAGGGGACAAUAUUGCAAAUGGAACAGGCAAAAUGUUUGAGCUUUCAGCAUCUGCUUCUGUAGAAGGGAUCCAACAACUUUGUGAAGCAACAGCAUACAAGGUCAUUUUCCAUGACCUAAGUCAUGUUCUUUGGGAUGGCUUGUAUGUUGUGGAUGUUUCGUCUUCUAGAAUUGAGCUAUUUCUUCAGGAACUUGAGCAAUAUUUGGAGAUUAUUUCAUCAACAGUGCACGACAGAGUUAGAACGCGUGUAAUUACUGAUGUGAUGAAAGCUUCUUUCGAUGGGUUCUUGUUGGUUUUGCUAGCUGGAGGCCCUUCUCGCACUUUCACACAAAAAGAUUCUGACAUAAUAGAGGAGGAUUUUAAGUUUCUGACCGAUUUAUUCUGGUCGAAUGGGGAUGGAUUGCCCGCAGAUUUGAUAGAUAAGUUAUCAACCACUGUUAAAGGCAUCCUUCCUUUGUACCGUGCUGAUACCAAUACCCUUAUUGAACAGUUCAAACGUGCGACUCUGGAUGGCUCUCCUGCUAAAUCCCGGAUGCCAAUGCCUCCAACUUCAGGUCAGUGGAACUCCAAUGAACCAAACACACUUCUGCGUGUCUUGUGUUGUCGAAAUGACGAGACCGCAGCAAAGUUUCUUAAGAAGACUUAUAACUUGCCUAAGAAGCUGUAA